ACCUCGUCCCAAUCCCACUCGUCCUCUCAUCAACACAAGCAUCAAUCAGCCUUCAGCUCAAAAUUCAUUCCAUACUCCACACUCAGACUUCAGCUACCAAUCUCCAGGCAUCACAUAGUUCAGACACAUCAAUCAACAGUGCUGUCUCCACCAACGCAAGAGAGAUCAUGGCGGGAGCGGCGAAGGCGUCAUGGAUGGUGGCGAUGAGCGUCGGCGCCGUGGAGGCGCUCAAGGACCAGGCUGGGCUCUGCCGAUGGAACUACGCCCUCAGGUCCAUCAUCCACCGGGCCGCCAAGGCCAGGGCCAACGUCCGCGGCGGCGUCUCGCAGGGCGCCAAGCAGCUUCCAGCCUCCGCGGCGGCGGCGGCGGAGAGGCGGCGAGCGGAGAAGGCCGAGGAGGGGGUGAGGACGGUGAUGUACCUCAGCUGCUGGGGUCCCAAUUAGCAGCUGCAACUUGCUGCUAGCUGAGGAGGGGCUGAGGACGGUGACGUACCUCAACUGCUAGGCGUGUCUCUGUUUGCUGCAACAACCAUGGCCUGAAACCUGUGUGGCUUCCCGUUGAAUCGCCCAUUGUAAAAUACCACCAUGAUGAUGAUGACAACAUAUUUCUGUUACUUCAGUUCAUAUUACUCUCCUUAUCUAUUUGCCUUUUGUUAUCUUGAUGAGAAAUAUGAAUUGAUGCUUUAA